AUGAGUGGUGAGGUGUGCGUUCAGACGCUGCACCGACUCCGUCAGAUCGGAUCAUUUAGAAGCAUUGUAGAGCAGAAAUAUAGAACAGUAGGAAAAAGCCAAAGGAUAGUCGUCGAUUUCUCCUCACCAAAUAUUGCCAAACAGUUCCAUGUUGGAAAUCUUCGAUCUACAUUGAUUGGAAGAUACGUUGAUAAAGUAAGCAGAGUAAUGGGAAAUGAAGUAACAUCUGUGAACUAUCUCGGUGACUGGGGAACUCAAUUCGCCAUGAUUGCUGCAUUUUGGCCUCAAAUGCGACCAUCAGAUCAAUACUGGAAUUCCUUAUCAGACGUGGAGAAGAUCAAGCAAUUAACCGAUUGUUAUGUUGUUGCUAAUAAAAAUAUGAAAAUCGAUGAAGAAUUCCGGGCGAAAGUUUAUGAAACGUUUGUUGCAAUGGAGAAAGCGGUGACUGGAGAACAAGAAAAUUGGAAGAAUGACGAACAUAUGAUGUUAUGGCAACAAAUAAAAGAUAUUUCGAAAAAUCACCUCUCCGAAUUUUAUAAUCUUUUUGAUGUAAAAUUUGACAAGUGGCUGUGUGAAUCAAGUCAAGUCCGAAAAGCCCAUCAAUAUGCUCAGGAAUUAAUUGAUAAAGGUUUCACUGAAGAUUUGGAUGGUAAAACAAUAUUCAGAUUACGAGAUAUCGACACUGAGAAGAAACAAUCAGACGGAGUGAACUAUGCAGUUUUAAGAAAAAGUGACAUGUCAAGUUUGUAUCUAACACGAGAAAUCGCUGCGAUACUGGACCGAGAUGCCAUGUUUCAAGCUGAUCGAUACUUGUAUGUUGUGGAUCGUGCUCAACGACAACAUUUCAAAGCUCUGAAAGUUAUUCUGGAAAAGAUUGGAAGAUCUGAUUUGGCUUCGAAAAUUGAGCAUAUUCAAUAUGGCAGAGUCAGAGGAUUAUCGACGAGAAAUGGUAGAACAGAAGCUGUUGGAGAAAUUAUUGAAAAGGGAAGAGAACUUGCUUUGCAGUUUAUGAAGUCUUCGAAAACAUUUUGCAUGGAUCCAGCAGUUGAAUCAGAUAUUGCGAACGUCUUAUCACUUUCAACGGUAGUGUUCAAUGAAUUAAAACGAGCACGAAAUUCGGAAUAUGAAUUUUCAUUUCAAAAUGCGUUUGCUCUGAACCAAAACAAUGCUCUGGCCCUUCAGAUGAAGCACAGCCGAUUGUCAUCUAUUGAAGAGAAGCACCAACACCUAUUUCCUCAAAUUGAAGCAUGCACAAAAUUCAAUGAUUUUGAUACGAAUGAUGAUGUAAAAAGAUUGAUUCGAUUGUUGAACGACUUGGAAAAGGCAGUGGAGUUGAGUGCAGAGAAAUUGGAAGCAUGCCAAUUAACUGUGCAACUGAUUCAUGUGGCAGCCGCAGCUGGAAGCGUUCAGAAACAAUUACGAGUUAAAGAUCAACCAGAUGAGGUUGCAGUCCCUCGUUUACUGCUAUUCUCUGCUGUUCGGAACGUUCUUGCUGAAGGCCUUCGCUUUCUAGGAAUCACCCCAGCCCGUUCAAUGUGAUGGUACGACCUGGAAAGGAGCCCGAAGCGUGCAUUUCCCCAUCAAUCGCUUCGCCUUUCUAGGAUAUCAAUGAUGUGAUGGAUGUUUCAUCUUGCAUGACCUUAGAUUUUAUUGUCAUAACAGUUUUUAGCUCAUUUUUUCUAGUCAAGAUCUCUUAUUAUGUCUUUUCGCCGUUUUUCCAAUUGCUCCCAGUGUUUUAAUUCGAAACUAAUAAAUACACAGACU